UACCAUGUGGCGACUGUUAAUGAUAUGUUUGGCCAGUACUGGUCUUCUUUGGCUUCAAAUUGAUGCCUGUGUAGAACGCGUGCCGGUAAUGAAAGUGAGGGUAAAUCUGGUGAAAAUGCGAAAAUUGCAGGGCUUAAGCAAUUGUACCCACGACUGUGGACUACUGGUGCUGCAACCUAUAAAAGAGACAUACAUGUCCGUAGAUCUUGUUUGUUGUGAGGGUUACGAUCGAGUUGCUGUGACCGACGAGUGCUUACCUAAGUGUGUAGAUUGCGGUGCAACCGGCAAGUGCAUCUCGCCGGGAUUGUGCCACUGUGGCGAGGGCUAUAGUAACCAAAAGAAUCGAAGUGUCUGCGAGUCCGAUUGCAGUGAAGCCUGCAUUAACGGACGUUGCAGCUCACCGGAUGUCUGCCAGUGCUUGGAAGGUUAUCGAUUCCGAAAAGGUAGUCAAAGUGUUUGUGAGCCGCUCUGCAGCGUUGAUUGCACCAAUGGACACUGUGUGGCGCCGCAGAAAUGUGUGUGCCACGUGGGCUAUCAACGCAACGAGACCCUAGGAAAGUGUGUGCCUAUCUGUGAGGCGCAAUGCGAGCACGGCGACUGCGUGGCGCCCAACGAGUGUCGAUGCCACGCUGGUUAUGCGGCACGUGUGGAUCAUCCAAAUCGCUGUGCUCCCAUCUGCAGCAGCGGCUGCCGCAAUGGACUUUGCAUCGAGCCGGAUCAUUGCGCUUGCAACGUGGGCUUUGUUCAUGUGAAUGGUCGCACCUCUGAUGGCUGUAAGCCCACCUGUCAGCCGGACUGUGUGAAUGGCACCUGUGUGGCACCCAAUCUCUGCCUCUGUCGCGAGGGUCAUGUGCCCCUCAAUGGUUCCCAUUCCGUCUGUGUGCCGAGUUGUCGCCAUGGAUGUGAGAAUGGUUUCUGCAAUGCCCCAGGACGCUGUGAGUGCCACGAGGGCUACAUUCAGUUAAUGCCACAUCGCUGUUCACCUGUUUGUCAUCCUACCUGUGGCACAAAUGCCCGUUGCACCGCCCCUGAUUUCUGUCAAUGCGAUGAGGGCUAUGCCCCGAUUAAUGGGAGCCUCCGAGAUUGCGAGCCCUACUGCCAAAAGACUUGCUACAAUGGUAUCUGCAGCAGCCCAGGAGUUUGCUCCUGUCUCGCCGGCUACGAAGCCCUGACUUCCUCGUAUUGCGUGGCCAGCUGUAGUCGAUCCUGUGUCCAUGGCAGCUGUGUGGCACCGAACCGAUGCCGUUGCUUCACGGGCUACCGACCCAGUGAAACGGAUCCGUAUGUCUGUGAGCCCAUCUGCACUGAGGAUUGUGGAUUUGGUCAUUGCAUUGCCCCGGAGAUAUGUAAGUGCGAUACUGGCUAUGCCAAGCGUUGGCCCAGCGGUGCCUGUGAGCCCUAUUGUGCCCAGAAGUGUGUCAAUAGUCGAUGCGAAGGCGGCACUGGUCGCUGUCGUUGCUACCAAGGGUACAGCAUGCGUCCAGGCUCCAACUCCAUCUGUGAUCCUGUCUGCAUGCCCGGCUGCAUCAAUGGCAGCUGCGUCGAGCCGAAUCUUUGCGAGUGCUGGGAGGGCUAUGAGGACACCAAACACUCUUAUUUGUGCGUCCCCAACUGUAGACCUGCCUGCGACAACGGACGCUGUGUGGCACCCGGACGCUGUGAGUGCAAUGCUGGUCAUCUGGUAACUAACUCAAGUGAACCACACAUUUGUCUUGCGCAGUGCAAAGAGCGUUGCAUCAACGCUGAAUGCCUGCGACCCGAUGAGUGUUCCUGCCUCUUUGGCUACGACUUCAUUGCGGGCAGUACCACCGAGUGUGCCCCCAUUUGCAGUCAGGGUUGUGACCGUGGCAGCCUUUGUGUUGCACCCGAAAUCUGCGAUCACCGUCCCUACCGCGCACUUUCUAUGGGAGGAGCUGGCAGCCUAUCGUCUUGGACCAUGUUCGGACUGGCUGUGCUUCUGUGUUUAAUGCUCGUGAUGUUGCCCCUGCUAGUAAUGCGACACGUGCAACAGCGACGACAAUUGCAGAACGAUAAGCAUCGAGUUCACCUCAUCGAAAAUCCCAGCUAUGGUGUCUGUCUGGCAGCAAGUGAUGAGCAAAACAAUGAGGAUCAAGAGAUCAGGUUGGGCGACUAACGAGUAUAUAUGUGUUAUUCUAUAGCUCUAUUUAGUAAUUGAUUACUAUCGAAAAAACUUACAUACAAUUUCUUGAAAGUAUGCAAGCUAUAAAUACUCUGGUAAUAUAUCCGUAUCAAAAUAUUGACUCUCAAAAAACGGCCAAAUGAUUUAGAGAAGAGAAUUUAGAGCUCUUAAAAUUAAAAGAUCACAUAAAAUAUUUCUGCCCUUUUAAAAUUCGACCAAGGAAUUACAUCGUUGCUUAAAGUCAAAAGGUUACUCUCAAUAGAUAAACUUCAAUAUAUUUAUGGCUUGGUUUCGUUUCGUAUCAAGUUUCCAUCGAAUUGGUAGCUUGAGAAAUGCUUAGCAUUUUCGGUAUAUUGAAAUAUAUAUAUAUAUAGACAUAUAUAAACUCUGUACUAUACUAUAUACUAUACCAGGUAUGUGGUGUAUGUUAGUCUAUAGAUACGGGUCUAACCUAAAGCGUACAUCUAGUAAUAAGUUACAUACGUUUAUGUAGUACAUAAUACUUUUAUCGAAAAGCGUUUGUUUAACUUUUCUUAGACUAUUGCAAUAAUCGAAGUAAUUUUACAAAAUGCUUACAUUUCUUUAUGCUUGGUAAUAUAAAUUUAACCAUCGACUUGAA